AUGUCCGCCCCCUCGUACGCGACCCGGCAGCUGUUCUGGGACGGCAAGCCGCAGCCUGCCUCGUCCGGCCAGACCUUCCAGAGCAUUGACCCCUCGACCAACCAGCCCAUCGCCACCAUCCAACAGGCCUCCCAUGGCGACGUCGACUCGGCCAUCGCCUCGGCCCAGACAGCCUUCGCCUCGUGGGCCUCCACCCCGCCCGUGCAGCGCGCCCGCAUCCUGCAGAAGGCCGUGCAGCUGCUCCGCGACCGCAACGACGACAUUGCCCGCCAGGAGACGCACGACACGGGCAAGGCCUUCAGCGAGACCAGCACCGUCGACGUCGUCACCGGCGCCGACGUGCUCGAAUACUACGCCAACAUGGUGGCUGGCGGCGGCCUGAACGGCGAGACGGUGCGCCUGCGCGACGACGCCUGGGUCUACACCUCCAAGGAGCCCGUCGGCGUGUGCGCCGGCAUUGGCGCCUGGAACUAUCCCAUCCAGAUUGCCCUCUGGAAGUCGGCUCCCUGCCUCGCGGCGGGCAACACCAUGGUCUACAAGCCGUCCGAGUUCACGCCGCUGCACGGCGAGACGCUGGCCCAGAUCUACACCGACGCGGGCGUGCCCCCGGGCGUCUUCAACAUCGUGCAGGGCGGCGGCGACGUCGGCGCGUACCUCACGGCGCACGCAGGCAUCUCCAAGGUGUCGUUCACGGGACAGGUCAGCACGGGGGCUAAGGUGGCGGCGUCGGCGGCGGGCGGCAUGAAGUACGUGACGAUGGAGCUGGGCGGCAAGUCGCCGUGCGUCGUGCUGCCCGACUGCGACGUCGGCAUGGCCGUCGACGGCGCCAUGGUCGCAAACUUCUUCAGCACCGGCCAGGUGUGCACCAACGGCACGCGCGUCUUCGUGCCCGAAGCCAUGCUGCCCGCCUUCGAGCGGGCGCUGCUCGACAAGAUGCAGUACGUCCGCCCGGGCGACCUGUUCGACCCGUCCACCAACUUCGGCCCGCUCGUCAGCGCCGUGCACCACCAGAAGGUGGCGGCGUACAUCCAGCACGGCAUCGACGUCGACAAGGCGAAGCUGCUGUGCGGCGGGCCGGGCGCGCCGGAAGGGCUGCCGGCCGGGCUGAGGGACGGCUUCUGGGUGCGGCCGACGGUCUUCACCAACUGCACCGACGACAUGAAGAUCGUGCGGGAGGAGAUCUUCGGGCCGGUGAUGAGCAUCCUGCCGUACAAGACGGUGGACGAGGUGGUGCGGCGGGCCAACGCGACGCCGCUCGGGCUCGCGGCGGGCGUCUUCACAAACGACCUCAACGCGGCGCACCGCGUGGUGCAGCAGCUGCAGGCGGGCAUCACCUGGAUCAACACGUGGGGCGAGAGCCCGGCCGAGAUGAGCGUCGGCGGGUGGAAGAGCAGCGGCGUCGGCGUCGAGAACGGCCGCAAGGGCCUCGAGGCGUGGGUCAAGAACAAGAGCACGCUGGUCGACAUGAGCGGCGCGGUCCCUACCGUCUUCUCUAAGUUGUAG